AUGCCGGCCACCCAGCGAAUAUCGCUACAAGGUGGAUCCUCCCUGGAAGCGGCGAUAAAAAAGAGCGGCAGGACAAAACAAUGGAGCGCAGCGCUGGGAUUUUUCCGCGAAGCGUCUCGUUCAAGUUUGGAGAUCAGUCCAUGCCAUUAUGUUGCCACUAUCAGCGCAUGCGGUAAAGGCAUGCAGUGGGAGCGGGCGUUGGCGCUGCUCAGCGAGAUGUGGGAGGCGAAACUGGAGCCCACCGUCAUCUUCACCUACAGCGCCGGGAUAAGUGCGUGCGAAAAGGGCGAGCAGUGGCGACGGGGCUUGUCGCUGCUCAGUGAGAUGUGGGAAGCGAAGCUAGAGCCCAACCCCUAA